AUGACAACGCACCGCCUCCUUUUAACACUUCUGGUGCUUCUUACCACCGUCGACAGCGCGGCUGGGAGCACGACGACACCGACACCGACUCUCUCUGCCUGCCAAGAGUGUGCCAACACUGGCCGGUGCCUCACGGCCGGCUCGGUCGGCGACGCCGGCAAGUACUGCGGCGUCUUCUUUCUCAACACAACGGUGAAGGCUUUGGGGCCGUGUUGCUGCUCCGUCGCGCAGAUUUGCCCAACGCCUGGCCACGACACGGUGUGUGCGUGCGCGAGCGUCCAGUCGGCCGCGCCCUACGUGCCUUCGUACGACUACAGCUGGGUCUAUAUCCUCGCGUCGACGGUGGCGCCAUUUCUCCUCUUUUACCCUGGGUUUCUGCUCUGGAACGCAGUCGACUCGUGCAUUACACGUUGUCGAGAGCGCCGUGAGGAGCGUAAGCGUCAGAAGGCCGCUCGUCAGCGCGAAGCCGAUGUACAAGCUGCGCGGGAACGCCGAGAAGCGGCUGCGCGGCAGCUCGUGGUCGUCACCGAGGUGCCUGGCGCGCGCUACGUUGCGCACGCAACGCCCGUGUAUCCGAAAUAA